GUACGUAUUUUAACUUCAAAACGUUCAGAAACGAAAACCUUUCGAGUGAUUAAAACCAAACCGGAAUGGGCUCGGUAGGAAGUCGUCAGCUCAACCCCGUCCAACUGUGUGACCACCAGCAGGCCACGGGGCUGUCCGCAGAGCAGCUAGAGCAACUGCACACGCGGUUCCGCAGCCUGGAUCGCCACCAGCGCGGCUAUUUGACGCCCACCGACUUGCUGCGCAUUCCACAGCUAUCGCUCAACCCGCUUCACCGCCAGAUCAUCGACGGCUUCUUCCCCAGCCGUGACCCUAGCGCGCGCAUCGGCUUCAAGCAGUUCGUGGACACUUGCUCCACCAUUUUGGUGCCACAGUUUGGCCGCGGCUCAGUGAGGCGUCGCGACGGGCGUGUUCAGAAGCUUCACCUCCUGUCCAAGAUGUUUGACACACGGCGCAGCGGCUGCAUCACACGCUCCGACUUCCGCCAGAUCAUGCGUUGCAUUGUCAAUCUGGCCUGGAGUCAGCAACAGGAUCAGGAACGUCAGGAGGGGCUUUCCGAGAACCGUUUGCCUGAGGUGGAGGCCGAAUUGCAACUUUUAGAGCAUCAGGCCUUUGGCCUCUGCUGCGACCAUAUCUCUUAUGGGGAGUUCGAGAAGCGCCUGUUGAGUGCGGACGUCGACAGACGGCUGUCGAUCGCCAAGUGGCUGGAGGACGAUGACGAGGCCGAAGCCGGGAUGGGACUGCCAGUUGGCUCAGGCCCAUAAAACACCACACCCCAAAUCACUCAUCCUUGUCAUGUUGUGUUUGUGUUUUCAAUAUAGCAAUCAAUUCCA